AUGGAAUGUUAUACAGUCCUCUGCGACUCUGUGGGUAUACCCUGCAGGCUCAUUAGGGGCCCCCAGGGGCCCCCGGGGGCCCCUGAAUUUGUUUAUAAUGUUGUGUUGAUAGGCUCAGGCCAGGAAGCAGAGCUAGAGCACUUGAUGCCAAUUCUAUGGGGAGAUUUUCCUGAGGGCUUUGAGGGUGGGGGCCCCCCGGGGGCCCCCCUGGGGGCCCCCGCGGGGGCCCUGCCAGGGGCCCCCGCAGGGGCCCCCGCAGGGGCCGCAGUGGGGGGGGCCCCCGAGGGGGCCCCCCAGGGGGGCCCCCAGGGGGCCCCCCAGGGGGGGGCCCCCGAGGGGCCCCCCUCUGCUUUCUUGCAGCUAAGCCCACCCCUGCUGGGGUCGCCGCCGUGCAGGGGGAGCCCCUGCUGCAGUGUAUGUCUCCCCCGUAAACCCUGCGGCUCCUCUCAGUGUAUAUAUUUACCUAGCCAGCAGCAGCAGCAGCAGCAGCAGCAGCAGCAGCAGCAGCAGUCGAAGCAGCAGCAGGAAGAGCAGCAGAAGCAGGAGAGGCAGCAGCAAGAGCUGCUGCAGCAGCAGCAACAAGCCGCAGAAAGAGAUCUAGAUCGAUUCCUGCUGCAGUGA